AUGAUCGUCGUGGCAGACACCAACGAACUGCUGCGCCACUUCCGGUCGGACACCCUGACCGAGGUCAGACAUUGCCUCCUGAACAUGGACCGCGCGACGUUGCCAGACGCGAUGGCCGCGCCGUCCCUGUCCUUCGACUACGUCCGCCCUGGUGACGUGCUGUACACUCCGACGGGCAGAUGCGGCUGGUCUGAGUUUGACUGUCAAGCAGCAGCAGAAACGUGGACCAGUCUUUCUGGAGCUGAGUUGACAUGGACAGAGGAUCACAGCUCCAUUUUGCGAGUGCGUCUGCUUCCUCUAGACAAAACCGAUGGCGUGCUUGACUUGUCCGACGACGAGGAGAUACCCUCUGCACAUGUGGAGAUUUCGGACACAGAAGAGGUCUGCUCUCCAGUGCAAGCGAUGCAGCCUGUGGACCGUCAGAACAAUGCCCCGCAGACCACGCCACUGUCAGCUGUGCUCACUUCCGUUGUGGCUCCUUCUUCGCCUGCUCAGGAGUCUUGCAAAAUAGGCAAGCGGUUCUUCAAGUACGGCGUGUGCCCUCAUCAUAGAGUUGCCCGGCAACCCUAUGUGUACCAAUCUGGCCGACACGGAGGCCGCUGCCACUUCGUUUGCCAGAAGUUCUGGGUCAAGGAUGCAUCGGGGCGUCGCACCUGCUUUCACAGUGUUCCAUGUCCACGUGAGCGCCUGCAGGACAUGCCGAAAUGGACUCAGGAUGCCAACGCCCGUGAGGGGGGGGCGGAGGCAAAAGAGUAUGCUCGCACUGCGGCCAUGGCGGUCACAGAGUGGAAUCCUGCUCUCAGCUUGCUGCUCAGCUGCAAUGUUCAGGGCAUGGACGGCAUUCAUGGCAACGGAAAGAGACGCGCCAAGCUCAUCGGGACCAAUAUUCAGAACAAGACCAAGUGGUGGUCCUGCUUGCAGUUCACGUUCUUGAAGGGCACUUACCGCGGACUGAAUCUGCAGCAGCUUCUCCUGAUCCUGCAGACCUUUUACUCCAUUCAUCCUGAGCGACAUGGACGGGCGCCUGCUUACCACACACUUUGCAAAAGCCUGGGUUGCAAGUGGGCAAACAGUUCCAAGCUCACUCGGAAGAUCCUGCAGGAAUACCACGUUCAAAUCUUCGGCUUGGCACAGAGACCGGAUGACGCCGGCAACGGACUUCGUGUACACGUGUUUCCGCUGUCCUUGGCCAACACCUCUCUUCGAGCUGCUUCCCCCGUGGAAGACUUGGUGCGAGUGCGUGCGUGCGGUGGCAUGCAAAGCAUCAACACUGCCAAGUGCGACGCUCUCGUUUCCGACGGGGCUCGGGUUUACCCCUCCGUCGCCGACUCACUAGGUGUGCCACAUUACCACGUUUCCCACGGUGCCGGGGUGUGGCGAAAGAUGUUCCGAAGGCGCAGGAAACCUGCCAUACAAGCACAUUCGGGCUCCAUAGAUAAUUUCUGGAAACAGCUCCAGGAAUGCAUGCCCGCCAUGCUGGCCAAAUCGGUGGCAGGCUCGCCGCCUCAGGCGAAUCCCGAGCUAAUGAGUUAUGUCUUCCAGUUCGUUUUGCGGUAUCAUCACGAAGGCAACAUGCUUUCACUGAUGCGGCUGCUGGGAAAGUUCUUAUGCGAGAAGCAUUUUGCUCACCAGGACUGGUGCUGA